AUGAUCUUGAACGAACUCAUCAAGUCGGGGCCGCUGGCCAAGGUGUGGCUUUCCGCCCAUCAGGAACGCAAAUUGAGCAAGACUCAGGCGCUGGGCGUCGAUGUAGGAGAAAGUGUUGAGGCAAUCUUGGAGCAGGAUGCAGAGCUCCCUCUGCGUUCCUCAGGGCCGUUGAUGUUGGGUGUUGUGCGAAUCUAUUCGCGCAAAGUAGGCUAUCUCUUUGACGAUUGCAAGGAAGCGCGAGAGCGUAUCAGUCUUGCCUUCCGACCUGGUGUCGUUGACCUUCCCGAGCACCAAGUCCUUGCCUCCCACAACGCCAUCACCAUGUCUGGACGUGGGGAUUUCGACUUCAACGACUGGUCAUGGGAUUCUACCGGCGUGAUUCUUCCCCCUGAAACCUCACAGGCCGUCCCCGCCAUCAGUGCCAGAAAUCCAGAAUUCGGUGGUUUCGGUUAUGGUGCCCCUCGACCAUCGUCGGUCUUUGGUGGUUCUGUCACCACGCAGUCUAGACAAGGAUCCUACGACGAAUCGUCCAGUCAAAUGGGGUCAAACGAUUUUUCUGGCGUAGACCUCGGGCUGGGCGACUUUGAUGGCAACGACACUAUAGAAUACGGACGUGACAGAAUGUCGUCCCUCGGCAGGGAAGGUAGUGCCUUCGGUAUGGGCAGGGGUCUGUCCCGGGGCAGGAGUGGCUCGGCGCGAUCCGAAAUCGAUUAUACGGGCAUAGGAGAUGAUAUGCCUCUGGCUCCAAUGGAUGAUUAUGACCCAAUGGCCGUUGAUGGGGGCUACGAACCUAUGGAUUUGGAGCUGAAUUUCGAUCAAGAGCAAGAGCCAGAGAGGGUCGCGAGAGCUUCUACUGAGGCUUUGACUCCGCCGCCUGCUACCCCUGCCGCGGCCGACAAUGAUCUCACCCCCCGUACCGCUGCCCAGAUUGCCGCUCGCCCCGCUCCUAUCGCUAAGCCGGUUAAACGCCCCCGCCUUUUGAUGCCUGACGAAGCUCUCGAAAUUGAUCAAACGCAUCAAGACCGCGCUUCUAUCCUGCGCCCCGAGAACUACAUCCCCGCCAAUCCGGAAUUUGCGCAAAUGAAAGAUAUAUUUGCCGACCCUUCUGCCCACUUCCUGCCUGUUUUCAAGGUCGGCGGCGAGAACUGGACGGCUGUGGCCCCUCUAGGUGCCGUGGAUGAUAUCAUUGAGCUCUUUUCAUUCCCCAACAAUGUCCUGCGCAGGGGGCGGGCCCUUGACGAGCCCGACGACGAGCAGCUCGCCAAGAAAGCACGAAUCGAAGCACAAGACGAGGCCGCCCAGAGGGGUGACGAGCCAGCCGAUAUUGAUACGGACGAUGUCGAGGUCGUUAGGAGACGCGACUUCCGGGUGGGUGUUGACCCCGGAGAUGACCAUGCCGCUCCUUUCGUCGCAGACGAUUACGAUAUGAGCUUUGACGUCGAUCCUAUGGACGGUGACAUGCCCGCCAUGAGUCCCCUCGGCUAUCGUGCCUCUCGAGCACCUUCUCUGGCCCUCUCUCGUGCCGAGAGCAUUGCUCACGAGAUCCAAUAUGGAGUCGAUUCAGGUGACUUUACGCUGGCCAUGUUUGAUUCCCGCCACGCGGCCGGAAGUCAGCUGAGCCAAACCACUUCGCCCGGUGGGGUGGGAGAUGGAUCACUAGGAGCGCCUCAGGGGAGAAACUCGAGCAUGGCGAUGGGUCUUUUGCGAAAGGAGAUCAGCGCGAUCGAUGAGGGUGAGAAGGAGGUUUCUUUUGAGAAGCUAGCCAACAAUGCGACCAAACGGGCUGCCUCGGCUUUCUUUUUCGAGAUGCUGUCCCUCGGGACGCGAGACUGCGUUAAACUCGAGCAACCAGAGCCUUUCGGAGAUAUCAAAAUUUCUGGUAAGGACAAGCUAUGGCCAGCUUCCUCACAGAUUCCCUCUGAGGCUUGA